AUGGCGUCUUCGCCUUCACCCCAACAAUUAACAGUUGAGAACUGUGAGUUGUCCAGUAUUGGUGUGAUUAUACUUCUGGACUGCCUCACAAAUGCGAAGCAACUCCUUGAUGUGUUAUCUAUUGCAGACAAUCAUCUAGGGAGUCCUGUGGCAGCUGCAUUGGCCAGAUUCUUGGGUUCACAUGUACGAGCUUUAAAUGCUACAGAUAUCGGCUUGGGAACAGUAGGCUUCCAAAUACUUGAGGAAACAUUGCCAACAGAAGUAGCUCUUUCCCACAUCAACAUCAGUAAGAAUCGUGGUGGGAUCAGAGCAGCAUAUUUUGUUUCCAGAUUAAUAUGUCGAGCACCAAACCUUGUUUCAGUCAAUGCAGCAUGGAAUCUGUGGACCCUCUACAAUAUGUGUAUGAUAGGAUGUGUCAUGCGUGUGUUGAUAUAUGUUAACUGAAUUGGCAUAACACUUGAUAUAUAUUAAAAUAUGUUGACCCCA